AUGCGUGUCUGUUGGCUUGUGGGGAAGGAGAAAUGCAGUCAGCGAAUGAAACUGCCCCACUUGGAAGCAGUGGUAAUUGGGCGUGGCCCAGAGACUGGGAUAACGGAUAAGAAGUGUUCAAGGCAGCAAGUUCAGUUAAAAGCAGACUGUAACAAGGGGUAUGUCACAGUUAAGCAGAUAGGAGUCAACCCAACUAGUGUUGAUCUCGUGAAUAUUGGCAAGGAUGAAGAGGUGAAAAUGAAGCCAGGCCAAGUUCUGCAUAUCGUGAACAAACUUUACCCCUACACGGUGCAAUUUGCUGAAGAGUCAGGGAAAACUGUUACAGAAGCAGAAAAGAAAAUACAAACCAACAAGAUGCCACGUGAGGUCUCCUCUGAGAAUGAUGAUGUAGAGCUUAUGCCCAGAAAAACAAUGAAGAUGGAGAUGGUGGAUACACAAGGCAGUUCUGCAAAUUCCAAGCUAAGCAAUACUGGUGUAUCUCCUCAUGAAGGAACUUCGAGCAAAAAGGAACAUUUAGGACACUGGAGUCAGGGUCUAAAGAGCUCCAUGCAAGACCCAAAAAUGCAGGUUUAUAAAGAUGAAAAGACUGUAGUCAUCAAGGACAAAUAUCCCAAAGCACGUUACCACUGGCUCAUCUUACCAUGGGACCCCAUUUCAAGCCUGAAGUCAGUCACCAGGGACAAUCUUGAACUCCUGGAACAUAUGCAUGCAGUUGGGCAAAAAAUGAUUGACCAGUGCCCUGCCAGAGAGAGCCUGGAGUUCAGACUGGGUUACCAUGCUAUCCCCAGCAUGAGUCAGCUACAUUUGCAUGUCAUCAGCCAGGAUUUUGAUUCUCCGGCCCUGAAAACCAAAAAGCACUGGAACUCUUUUACUACAGACUACUUCUUAAACUCUCAAGAUGUGAUAGAGAUGGUAAGAAGCAAGGGAAAAGUGAUGGUGAAAGAUCAUGUCUCUGAACUUCUCAAAUUGCCCCUCAGAUGCCAUCAUUGCAAACAACAGCUGUCCACUAUCCCACAGUUAAAGGAACAUCUCAGGAAACAUUGGCCAAAAUGACUGUGCGAAAAAUCCUCUUACAACCUGUCUUUGGAUUUCAGGCUAAAACAGAGACCUUGCAAUGUUAGUGGACAUGUAUGGUUUUUUGUUAACUGGAAUGACAAAAGUAUGUGGGGAAAAAGUAGCCUGGAAACAGCAGCAUACUAAAUUUGUAAUAGCUUAGACACACCAAAAAAAAAUUAAAAAAAAAAAUAAAGUGACUACUGAAAUUGAA